UAACGAAACUGCACACAAUCCGUUGUUUAACUUUCGAACAUCUCAUUGUACAACUUUUAUAUAUCAUCAACUCUGUGAAUUUAUUGCGCGUCAAAUUCGGAGUACCUACUAAAAUACAGCAGGUGUUUUUCACGAGCAGCAGUUCAAUGUUCAACAAAAUCAAAAUCUGCACACAAUUCGUUUUCAACUUUCGAACAUCUCAUCGUACAACUUUUAUAUCAUUAAGUAACUCAGUCAAUUCCUUGCGCGUCAAAUUCAGUCAUAUGUAACUAAAAUACAGCCGGUGUUUUUCACGAGCAGUUCAACGUUCAACAGAAUAAAAACAUGUCCAUGGAAUGAGGACGGAUGUAUGUAACUCAAAAAGGGUCGCAUGACGUGGAAGUACCUAGACACACUAACAAUGCUCGAACCACUGCAAAAAUGAAGUACACCAAAAAAUUGUUAAUUUUUUUGUCAUCUCUCAUGCUAUGUGUUGGAGUACCAUGUAACAGUAGUAAUCAAAAUCCAGCUCAAGUAAAGGCUGUUACGAAGAAAAGUUUAGCAGCUGGUGGAAAUCAUUAUCCGGCUGGAGAAAACAAGGAUUGGACCAUAUCACUCUCAACAGAAUACCAAGAUAAAUUUGAUGUGAAAUCUAUACACAAAUUCACUCGUAGAUUCACUCGUAGAUCCACUUCAGGGACCUAUAGUUACUUUGUAACCACCGAACGAAAAUCGCCAACACCAGAAUCUCCAUACAUUUCAAAACUGAAAAGAGUAUGUUAUGCUCCCGGCAAAUCCACUGUAGACGAAUACUCUGAGAUUUUAUUAGAAUGCACCGGUAUGAAUGGAAUUUAUAAUUUAGUUCAAGCUGCUCAUGUAGGAAAACCUGGGUUGAACUUGAUGAAAUCAUUGAAGAUUAGGCCUGAAGACGAAGUAGUAUUCGCAACUUUUUCCAAAAGUCAAACGAACAAUUCCAACGAACCCACUAGUGAUAGUGCUGUGUGUAUUUAUUCACUAGAUGCGAUAAAUGGAAAAUUUACAGAGAAAAUUCGAAACUGUUUUGAUAACAAAGAAAAUCCAGUGUUGAAUUUUGUAUUGAACGAAAAUAAGUGUGUUGGAACAAUUUCAACAAUAGAAAUUGAUACAGAAUGCAUUCGAGGGGUAAAAAAUAUGUCUUUUGAUGGAAAUGAGCAUAUUACAAGUUCUCCUCUUUCCACAUUCACUGCACUUCCGACAGAUAUCAUAACUGCGAGGAAUGAAAACCACACCAUUAUAUUUAUCGGUACAAGUCAUGGAGAUUUGAAAACAUUGAUAACAAAUGAUACAAAAUCUCUUAUCUACUUGAAUGCAGAUUGGAAUAUUGAGAAAAAUUCUCCGAUAUAUUUUGAUCGUCAGCUCUCUUCAGACGAAUCAAUUGUAUUCAAUAAAACUAUAGGUAUCAAGAAAAUCGACGUACCUGAAAUACCCUGCGAAAUAUUCAAAACUUAUGAUAGUUGCUUGCAGUCUGAUAUCAAAUUGUGUGGCUGGUGUGGAUUAUUCAAUCUUUGCACAAAGAAAUGCGAAUGUAAUCAAAGUCAGAACAAUGGGGUAUGGCUUGACUAUGAUAUUCGUAAAACCACUAAAAUAACUUAUAUCAGUUCAGCGUCAUUUGAAAGAACUUCUGAUGAAAUUAUAGAAAUGACCAUAGAAAAUUUACCUUCAAUCAAACAGUUCAACUGCAGUAUUGAAAUUGGGAAUGAAAUUUAUACCACACCUCUCUCAUUGCAUCAAUCAACUGCCUUUUGUACCACACCUUCAGCUAGUGCAAUAUCAACAAUACCACUCGAUUAUGAUCAUCUUAACGCGACUUUACGAAUCGAAACAAACUAUAUUCCGAAUAUUGCAAGCAUAAACAUAACAUUUUUUGAUUGUAGAAUGUAUAACUCUUGUGAUAAAUGUGUUUCCUUGUCCACAAAACUCAAAUGUAAUUGGUACAUUGGAAGUGGAACGUGUAGGCCUGGAUAUCAAACAACAUGGGGGAACAUAUUAAAUGAGAGUGUUGUGACUAGUAACAAUUCAAAUUGUCCUACAGUGAGCACAUCCCUCAAACUUAAAGUUGACACUAGAAGCUGCAAUGAAUGCAAUACCUAUGAUGAAUGUUUAUCAUGCUAUCUGCCCGAUUGUGGAUGGUGUACAACAGCAAAUAAAUGUAUUUUGAAAAAUGAGUGCUCAGAUGCAACAGAAUUAACAUGGAUUAAUUACAAAAUACAACAAUUUUUUUCAAUCUAUAUUGACCAAACAAAUUUCUCAAUCAGUACACUGUAUCACAAAUACUUACGUAAUGGAAGAUCAAAACCUUUACAGGUAUCCCUGAAUGUUUCAUUCUUCGACAUUUUGAAAUAUGAAAUUUAUUGCAAAAUCACCUUCGAAACUCUCAAUUCAUUUUUUAUCACAAAUACUACUGUCAGUAAAAAAACUAACACAAAUUACACCAUUGUGUGUGAGACUCCCAUCAUCAACAGAAUUUCAGUACCAUCCUUCAACCAUUUUAUAAAAGCAAGUUUGAUUAUUGAAUUAGCUAAUAUUACAGAGAUAUACAAAACACCCAUCUUAUUUUUUGAUUGCAACUCUUAUAAUUCUCAUGAAACUUGCGUAUCUUCAAACUUCGAUUGUCAGUGGUGCCCAAAUGAAAGAAUAUGCACAUUCAAUGCAACCAAUCCUUGUAAAAUCAAUACCAAGAUGUGUCUCAAUUCACUACCACCAUUAAUUUCAUCCAUCAAACCAGUAGAAGGCCCAUGCAAAGGUGGUACCAAUCUGACAAUUUUUGGUGAAAAUCUUGGGUGUAUUUUCGAAGAUACUUCUCACAGUAGUAUCAAAGUUGCAGGUAUACCCUGCAUUCCUCUCAAAGAAAACUAUGUACCUGCAAAGAUGAUAGUAUGCAAUAUCAAUGGAUCAAGUCUACCGGAAAAUCUUGAAGGACCAGUUGAAUUAUGGUUGAAUGAAAGUCGUUUCAAAUCUCAACAGAAAUUUAAAUUUGUGAACUCCAAAAUCACCGACUUUUUUCCAAAACAAGGAUUCAUAUAUGGUGGCACCGAGCUAACAUUCAAAGGUGAACAUCUGGAUGCUGGAAGAUAUGUUGAAAUUUCAGUUGGUAAUGCAUCAUGCCCACUGAUUUAUCGUUCCGCAAAUGAAAUGAAAUGCAUCACUAGCCCAUCAGCGGUGACAAAGGAAGGUGAAAUAAUUGUGAAAUUCGAUAAAAACAUUUGCAAGCCUAACAACAGCUCGUACAAGUUUAUUAAAGAUGCAGAACGUGAUGAAAAUGGUUACAACACUGCACCAAAAGGUAUCCUUUCCGGAGGUGUUGAAAUUUUAAUCCGUAAUAUAACAUUCACAAGCACAACAUCAAUUAGAGAAUUACAAUUUCUAGUGCACAUCAACAACACAAUUUAUAACAGCUCCUGCUUAGUUCAAAAUAAUUUUACAGCAACUUGUCCAUCUCCACGCAUACCAGACAUUGAUCAUUCUUCUUUUACUGCACAGAAUCCUCUUGAUUUAGAAUUUUCCCUAAAACAUCAGACGGAAAAUGUUUGGAUUAUUAAUACCUCUAAUAAUUCCAUAAAGUUUACAUUAUAUCCUGAUCCCGAUUUUUUUUACUUCUUAAACUCAUCACUCGAAUUCAACGACAGAACAUAUGUUAUUAUUAAAGGACGCUAUAUUAACUUGGCGUGCCAAAAAUCAGACAUAAAAGUAAAAGUUGGUAAUGAUACUUGCACUGUAAUAUCACUGUCCUCCAAUCAAGUCGUCUGCUCCCUACCAAAAUCCCAGUCAGUGGAUUUUAAUGGAGACUUCAAUGAAGAAUAUGACAUCUUGACUGAACUUGAAAAUAUCACAGUACUAAUUGGCGAUCAAUUCAAACAAAUAGUCCCUAAACAGCAAGAAUUUUCUGCAGUGAAAAUUAAUAAGCAGUCUGAAAAUUUCAUCCUACCUAUCAUAAUCAUUUCCAUGGCAAUAUUCGUGAUCCUAAUUAUAUCAUCUGUCAUCGCUGGUCAAAAAAUCAGAGCAAAAGCUUCUCAAAAAAUAAAGGACACCCAGUUGCAAAUGGAUAAGCUCCAGUUAUGCGUUGCUUCUGAAUGUAAAGAAGCUUUUGCCGAGCUCCAAACUGAAAUGAGUACUUUCACAUCACAAAACCAAUGCAAUGGUUUGCCAUUCCUCGACUAUCGUAGUUAUGUUACAAACAUCCUAUUUCCAGAUGUCCAAUCCCAUUCCUUUAUAUUUUAUGGGAAAGCAAUACUAAUCCAUAAAGAGCAAGGGUUGCAAUUGUUCAGCAACUUGAUAAAGAACAGACGAUUCUUGCUGACAUUUGUGAGAACAUUAGAAAGCAAUGAAAGUUUCUCCAUCAAGGAUCGAGUGUUUGUUGCUUCAAUGAUAAUGACAGCUUUACAAAACGACAUGGAAUACUGCACCGAUAUCCUCAAGUCAUUAAUGGCCGAGUUGAUUCAAAAGUGCAUCCAGGGUAAAAGUCAUCCCAAACUUUUGUUCAGACGAUCUGAAAGUGUGGCUGAAAAAAUGCUUUCAGCUUGGUUUGCCUUCUUGCUGUAUAAAUUUCUGAGAGAAACGGCCGCCAAUCCACUCAUCAACUUGUUCAGUGCAAUUAAACAACAAGUCAGCAAAGGCCCAGUAGAUAUGAUAACAUCGGAUGCUCGAUAUUGUUUGAGUGAAAACAAAAUGAUCAGGCAAAAAAUUGACUACACUGCUAUGACUAUGUUUGUGACCAUUUCUGAAAAAACUGCACCAAUCAUAAAAUUGAAAUCAGCAAUGAAGAAAGUGCAAGUCAAAGUGUUGGACUGUGACGCAAUAUCCCAAGUGAAAGAAAAAAUAAUGGAUAUAAUUUAUAACACGAAUCACUGCAGCCAACGUCCUGAUCCAUCUGAAAUAUGUAUCGAGUGGUUAACUGGAAGUUCUAAGGGAAUAAUUUUGACAGAUACUGAUCAUACUUCAGAAAUCGAAGGUGAAUUGAGACAAAUAAAUACCCUCAGGCAUUACGGUGUCACUGAGGGAAGUACAUUGAACCUAAUAUCCUUUGCAGAGACAAACUAUCGCACUUCAGAUGCACAACUUUCAGAUAUAAUGAACUUCCAAAAAGAUUUUAGUAGUCUGAAGAAGAAAAGGCUGUUAUCUGAAUCUGCAACUCCUUUGAUACAGAAUGAUGAUGCUCACUGCAAAGAUUGGCAUCUAAUCAAGCCUAUUGAUCUAAACAGUGGGCAAGAAGAUCACACCGAGAGCAAUCAAAUAGUUCCUGAAAUUUAUCUAACAAGGUUAUUAGGGGUGAAAAACAGUUUGCAGAGUUUUGUCAAUGAUCUGUUCGCAACAAUACUGAAAAAAAAUCACCAGAAAAAAUGUUUCCCAACAGCUAUAAAAUACAUGUUUGAUUUCUUGGACGAUCAAGCAUUACAACACGGUAUCACUGAUCCUGAAGUCGUGCAUGUUUGGAAAAACAACUGCCUACCUUUACGAUUCUGGGUAAAUUUGAUUAAAAAUCCAAAUUUCCUAUUCGAUAUUCAUAAAUCAGCCACCAUCGAUUCGUGUCUCAGCGUUAUCGCUCAAGUUCUAAUGGAUUCUUGCUCGACAACUGAACUUAAUUUGAACAAGGAUUCAGCAACAUCUAAACUGCUUUAUGCCAAAGAAAUUUCAUUUUAUAGAAAAUGGGUGCAUAAAUAUUACUCGGAUAUAAAAAGCAUGCCUGCGAUUUCACCUCAAUGCAUGAGUGAGAUGUUAUUGAAGGAAUCUCAAACACAUGCCACAGAUUUUGACUCAAAUUCAUCUGCUGAUGAAUUACUCAAAUAUGCGUUGAAAUAUAAGGAGAAGUUGAUUGAUGCCUUGAAAGCUGAUAAGGUGGCACAAGAAGAUUUAUUAGCUCUCAAGUUGGAAAAAGUUUAUGAUGCAAUGCCAGCUGUUGCAAAUGUUUAAUAUAAUUUUAAUGCGACAUUUUUGCGUUUAUGUUUUUUAUACCUAUGUCCUAUACCUAUACCUAUUACCACACUUUCGUUGCUGUUUUUAUGUUUAUAGUACCUAUGCGAAUUCAAUUUAAUUUUUUUUUAUUUGUAUUGUAAACUGAAUGAAUAUUUAUGUUCAAGUGUGUGUAUGUAUUAGGCCACUUCUUUGUAAUAUUUCAAGUACCUAAUUUUUUGUCGAUCAGAAAAUUCAUCCAUUCAUUUAUUUAUUUGAUACUUAUCUGAUUUUCAAAUUUCGAAGAUGCUCAAAUUGAUACAUUUCUUGAGUAGAUACUUACUUAUAUGCUGUACCAGUAUUUUAUGUGUUUUUUCUUAGGUACUUUUAAAAAAAGUUGAAUGUAUAUACCUACAAUUUUUUUCCUAAUGUUAAAAUUUUUCUAGAUUAUUACAAAUAAAUGUGUUUUUUCCUCCUCAAUAAUUUCUCAAUUAUUAAA